CACAUGGCCUCUUCUAUUCCCAAAUUUCAAAUAAAAAAUGGAGAUCGAGAUCAAACAGAAAUUCUUCAAUGCCGAGAAGUGAUGGGCCUGUGUUUGCUGAAAAAUAAACUUUUGUGUUCAACAUUAUCUUUUUGA